AAAAAUAGCUUGUUAUCAUUCGAUAUUUAUCAUUCACAAAGAGUUAGUAUUGAGCUCAGCAUCCAACCUUGAAGCAGAGUUGUGUAUCACAAAAAAAUAAAAGUAAACUUAUGGAAGCAAUGCAGCUAAGACAUCAGGCCUGGGAGAUUAGGAAGCACUUAAGAUUUGAGGAGGCCGUGGCCUCAAAAUUGGGCAAGGAAGGUAUAAAUGAGGUUGAAAUGUUGCUGGAAGAUAUUGAACGCAAGCUUGGUGUUGCGGAGUGUGAAUUGCAGGUAGCAGGCGGAGUUUUAAACAAAGAGAUCCACCAACGCGUCACAGAUGGACUAUCCCAAAUCAAAUCAUUUCUUAAAGGAUCAAACCAAACUACAGGGGGCGCUAAGCAUGCAGUAGAAGAUUUACGAUUGAUCAGUAUGAUGCUUUCUGAAAAGCCUUUAGUUGUUGAGGAAGAGGUCAUUAGUAGAGACAUUGACAACAAGCAUAAGAUUGUAAGGAUGCUCACAGAGUCAAAUAAAGGUAAAUUGUCAGUGAUUCCAAUCAUCGGGCUGCCUGGUACAGGAAAAACAAGUUUAGUGAGACAAGUGUAUCAUGACAGGCGUGUUCAUGAGUAUUUUGCAAUAAAACAUUGGGUAUGCAUGACCGACAGCAAUGGAGGUCCAAGUAAAUUAUUGGAUCUAGUUUUUCGACAGAGAACUUCUGAUAUUGUGAUUCGAGAGGCGUUCAAUACUAUUGUGACGGGUAAAAAAUAUUUGCUUAUAUUAGAUGGUGUAACACAGGGUAAUCAUGGGGCGUUUUUGAAUGAGUUGCUGAGUAAUGUUAGUGACGGAAGUAAAGUAGUUUUAAUUGCACAUGAUAUGAUCAGACUUGAAAACUUGGAACCCUUGCCAGUGGUUGAAGGUGCGCCUUUUGAAGUGGGUACUUUACCAGGGGAUGAGUCCUGGACUUUGUUUAAAGGCAUAGCAUUUGGUGAUGAAAUAGAAAAGCAUAGUAGUAAGUCAGAAGAUGGUUUUAGAAUUUAUGAAAUUUGUGCUCGUAUUCCACGCCUCCUGAAGAACGUUGCUAGCCUACUUCGUACUACAGAAGAUUGGAAGAAUCUUCGUUAUAUAGAUAACUCGGUACAAGCUUUUCUGUCAAAGUUUAACCUCGGAAGCUACAAAGAAGUACCAUCAAACAUUCAGCGAUGUAUACUUUAUUGUUCUUUGUUUCCAGAGAAUUACGAGUUUAGUCAGGCAGAUCUCAUACAUCUUUGGCAUGCUCAAGAGUACUUAACAAGAACUGCACCAGAGUCAGUUGGUGAUGAAUAUUUUAUGGAAUUACAGAAAAGUGGGAAUUUUUUUCAAGAUAGUAAAUCUGACGCCAAAAAUGCUGAAGUGUGCUACAAGAUGGACUCCUUAAUGAACGAGUUCCUUCGAUCUGUGGCAAAACCUGAGAUUUGUUUAGUGGAUGACCAUAUAGGGGAAACUCAUACGGCCAAUGUUUUACAUUUGAGCUUCCCUGUUGUAGAGUCUCCAUGGGAAGCACCGUCAUGGUUGCCUGAUGCAAAGCAGUUGAAGUCCCUUCUUUUCCUGCCUUGUAAAUCUGCUACUGUCGUCUCUGUCCCAAAACUUGAUGAACUCUUGUCAAGUUUAUCGUCGUUACGAGUACUGGAUUUAGCAGCAGUGGAUUGUGAAAACCUUCCAGAUUCGUUGGGAGAGCUGAAUGACUUGAGGUACCUCCGACUCGGUGUCUCCUCUGAAUAUCUUCCUCGGAGCAUCACUAACCUGAAGGAGUUGCAGACAUUGGAUCUGCGUCAGUCUAAUGUGAUAGUACUGCCAAGAGGCUUCAACAAAUUGGUGGGUUUGAGGCACUUGUAUACUGGAGAUCGAUUGUUGGAUUUGCCACCUAAAUUUGGGGAGUUAACAUCUCUCCAAACAUUAGAUGUAUUUAUAGUGGGAGAAAACAAUACAUUAGAUACAUUGACUCAGUUAAGUAGUCUGGUUGGUAAGCUCAAAAUCCGUUACAAAAAGAAGUAUGUAAAAGAUGAAAUAAUAGAUACUUCGGGACUUUUGAAAGACACACACCUGACUGACAUAUCACUGAUAUGGUCAUCCUCAUAUGAUGAAGCAGCUGCUGAUGAGUUUACAUGCUUGGAGCCCCCUCCCACCAUCAAAAGCCUAUCAGUUUGCCGUUGGAAAGGAAUGAAUUUUCCGCAACAACUGAUGAACGCCUUUCCCAUUCUCAGUAGCCUUGUUUAUUUACAUAUUGAGGAUUGCAGUAGAUGCCAAAAUUUGCCAUCAUUAAGUUCAUUGUCUCAUCUUCGGUCUCUUCAGCUUUGGGACCUCAGUGCCCUGCAGUACAUAGAAGAUCGUUCUGUGAACAAUAAAACUUCUUGUAUGGCAGAUCAUUAUUUCCCCUCAUUGGAGUAUCUUAUGUUAGCUAAUUUGCCGAAUUUGAGGAGAUGGUCACCUGAAAAUGAUCAUAAGCAGCAAAUCUUUCCUACUCUUCUCGAACUCAGAGUAAGUGGUUGUCCAACAUUGAUGUCAAUGCCUCAAAUGCAAGUGCUUGAGUUACUAGAGGUGCAUGACGUCAAUGCGACACUGCUGGAAAAUAUCACGUCAUCAUCUUCAACAGAAAGCACAUUGAAAAAUCUGACACUUGUCGCAGUUGAUGGACUAGAUAAUUUCUCGAUUAAAGCUGGCCUCGAGUCCUUGAUUAUCAGGCAAUGCAGACAGUUGACAAAUUUGGUGGCAGAUAAUGUUAUUCUUCAACAACUUCAAAGACUUAAAGUUCAUGAAUGUGGCAAAUUGGUAGACAUUUCGAGUGCAUUGAAGCAUGUUAAGCUACUCCAAGAAUUAGAAAUCAAGCAUUGCGAGGCGUUAAACUGGGAGUACAUGAAGCAAGAUGCUGACCCUAAUGAUUCGAGUAGCGACAGUUCACGAGAUGUAGGAGCUUGGCAAAACCUCAAAGAACUUCGCUCUUUAAGAAUAAUGAAUUUUUCUAACUUGGAGUCACUUCCAAAGGGCUUUUGUUUUCUUGAAAGUCUUGAGGAACUCUCUCUAUUUUCACUUCAUCAAUGGAGAAUCCUUCCAGAAUCAAUGGGAAAUCUCAGCCAACUUCGUCAACUUGCCAUUCGAAACUGCCCUCAUUUGACACAACUCCCUGAAUCACUUGCGAGCCUCUCUAACUUACAACAAAUUCAGAUUCAUUGUUGCCCAAAACUGAAAGACAUUCCCGAACUUCUUGAGGAUUUGCCAACAUUUGACAUCAAAGAAUGUCCGAAGCUGCUGAGAGUAAACCAACAGCCGGAUGGCCGAGAUUGAUAUCUAUUCUCAACAGCUGCAUUUCCACUAGGAUGAGAUGCGUCAAACAACUACGCAUUUUCGUCUUGUCUUUUCUUUGUUAUAUGGUGUGGGUGUGCUGUGUUGGAAGCGUGAUGGACACACACAAUAUUUUGGUAGAAUAAUAUAUAGAAAAGAAGACAAAAUGCACUAAAUAAUAACUCUUAUAUUUCUUA